AUGCUAUCAAAUACCUGGCAAACACACUCGAAUAAUACGGCUUUGCGAACUACACUUUUUCGAAGUCUUGCCCGUAUCUUACUAAGUUUUGCCCGAGUUCCUUUACCAUGUAUUGGUUCAUUUACUAUUGAUAAUAAUGGAUUUAUCUCAUUAUCAAAUCGACCUUUAACCCUCGAAAUUCAAGAACUCGAGAAUGAGCAGAUUCCUAUUGAUAUACCCCGUGAUUAUACCUAUCAGACUUCAGACUCAUAUAUUACUGAUAUUGUGAGCCUUCAUGAUAACCGCCUUCUUUAUCAGCCAAAUGCUAUUAAUAACGGUUCGGACUAUAUUCAACAGAUAGCAACACUAUCAGGAAUGCGUAUUUCUAUCCCUUUCUUCUUUUGUCGGGAAUUACGCCGAGGACCGUUUAUAUUUUCUCUGACUGACCUCCAUCAGAGUAAUAUAUUUGUUGAUCAGCACUGGAAUAUCACCUCUCUUGUUGAUCUUGAAUGGGGAUGCUCGCUACCUAUUGAGAUGAUUCAUCCGCCAUAUUGGCUUACAAGUGAGUAUGCGGAUGCUAUUAAUGAGGACGAGUAUAGGAAGAUGUGGACUGAGUUUGUCCAUAUCUUAGCUCAAGAGGAAGAUUAUGCUUUUAUGAAUCAACAGCAUAAUUAUAGCAUGAAGAGCACUCGGCUAUCUACAAUAAUGACAAAAGCAUGGGAAAUGGGUACAUUAUGGUAUUCACUUGCUCUCCGGAGUCCUGCUGCUAUCUUCUGCUUAUUCCUUGAUCGAAUCCAAACAAAACUCGGAAAAGAUAAUUAUAGCAAUGAGGAAUAUGGCCUUGUAAUGGCGUUCCAGUGGAGAUCGGAUAUCGGGAAUAUUCUCACAAAAAAGUUAAAGGAUAAGGAGGCCUAUGAUGUUGAUCUUCGACGAGCUUUCCUUCCAUCUGAGACCUCAGACCCUUAG